UCCGCUUACCACGAAAUCCUUCGUCUCCAUGGGGCAUCCGAUCAGAUCCAACGCAGCGAUGUAAGGCUCGUUAGUCUUCGGGUCCAAUCCAGCGAUUACAGGUUCCACGAAAUACGGACCGAACCUCCUUUCGUAGAGCAAGUUGGAUACCAUGCUCAUGAAGGUUUUAGGCUUUAUCUGGCGGUUCUCCCGAAGUUCGUAUAAGUUCUUCCGAAACGAUAGUCGGUUAGAUACGGUUUGAACGUCGGUAGCCAAGCCAGGAAGACCAAGAAACAGCUUAUCUCCCAUCUGGAAAACUUUCUGAAAAUCGCAAGACAAUGUCUGUGCUUGGAUUCCCAAACGACGAUCUGCCGCAAUGGCCACGCAAUCUUUGCCAACCAUCGCUAUGAUGGCGGCGCCGUUAUAUUCCAUAAUAGACAUAUUUCUGGCUUUUUUUCUCUAUCCUUUUUCAAAGACCUUUUCCCGUUUUUCUUUGUCAAAAGCACACCGCCUCGCCGUAAAGAAAGAUGGCGGUUUGCUGAGUAAUUGGAGUGGUUACCAAUUGAGAUGACGGGGCUACCAAGCCAUAUGGAGCGGCUACUAAGCCUCCAUCCGAAGUUUCCUCUUGGGAUCGGCUGGUAAUCGCUAAAAAUACAUCGAAAAUUGUUCAGAUGAAGAGGCAUUCUUAGCCUAAAAGUCCUAAAUACAACUAGCAAUCAUGAGUGGAUGUUUGGAUCAAAUGCAUUGCCCCGAUUUCGAGGCGGUUACAGAGAGAAGGAACUUACUAUCAUCAAUCACGGCCGGAAGUUUGGUGAGACUCCCAAGCUUUUAUAAGUUUGACGAUGUACGAAAUACUAAGACAUAGCCAAUUUUGAUUUUAGUCAACGAUUUUUGGCAUUAUCAGUCCUAUAGCAGCUUUUAAUAGCCAUGUUUACUUGUCAGAAUUUUUAAAAACUGGGUAACGGCGACACAGCUAUUGAAAUAUUAUUACUGUCAAACUCAGAAAACCGUGAACAACUGAAAAAUUUCAGGAAUGUUGACUGUGCACUGGCCAAUCACAACAAGUUCAGGAUACGCAAGCAAACCUCAAAACCACAAACUAAUUACCGUUGCCGUUUGCAGGUCAGUUAUCUUGCACCUUGUUGGCUUAUUUCUCGCGACACAAUAACAUUCCAUAAAUACUUCUAGUGUUCACGGUUUUGUGAGUUUCACAGUAAUUAUAGAACUAAGUUUUGACAAUUUCGGGGCAUGAAGGAUACCCAGCAAUUAAAGCACUAAAGGCUGGUUUUUACUUGUGAAGGAGUCAUAGUGGGAGUAGUAAUCAGAAGUGUAGAGCUUAUGAUCUGGUGAAAACAGCGUUCCAAUUCUGCUUACGCCUCUGUCGCUUACGUUCCGCUCAUGAUCUAGUGAAAGCCAGAUUGUCGGAGUCGGAAGCAGAAGCGGAAGAACUAAACCAAUCUAAAAGCUUGUGAAUGUGCAUUGUGAUUGGAUUAUCCUUCCGCUUCUGCUUCUGAACCCGAUAAUCUGGUUUUCACUAGAUCAUAAGUGGAAUGUAAACGACAGAGUCGUAAGCAGAAUUGGAACGCUGUUUUCAUCAGAUCAUGAAUGGUUGCCUGUGUUUAGUCAAACUUUCUUCAGUAUUACAACAGAGUCAAACCACAAGGCCACGUAAUAUUGGGAGGUAGGGGUUUAACAUCACACCAAUGAUGGUAUAGUCACUUGGGGUACAGAUCACGAUGUUUCAGCCGCUAGUCUUCUUCAGGCGAUAAGGUUAAGUGAUUGAGCAGUGGCCUUUGUAUCAUAAUCAUGAAUGGUUGGCUGUGAUUGGAGCAUUACAAUUCUCACUAUUCCUGCAUGCUGUUCCAUUGUUGGUCUGCUGAUGUUCCUUUCUUCUGUCAUGUUUUCCUCACCUGUGGCAUCUGUGUAUCAGGAGUUUCAUUUCCUCAGUAUGAGGUUAAUGUCAUAAGGCUGACGUCUGUGGCACAGUAUCUUGCUGACCUUUAAUUUAUUUCUAUUUAAUGUUGAUGUCAACUGGCUGCCUGACUCUGCUAGCUCCUGUGGUUAUUCCAGGCAGCCAGUACUCUAAUUUAAAUUUCAAUAUUUUUAUUAUCGUCAAGCAAAAGUGAGUACAAAAAUAAAGAUUGUUGUUGUCUUACAUAGACAGCUUCCCUAGCCCUACAAAACUAACAUCAGUACCCAACUCCACCACCCUCAUGUCUUAGGUAAAUAUCCAGGCAUCUUCACCUUAUGCUUGGCUAAUAACACAAAAUUAUUAUAUCCUUUUAAUCAACAGUUCUUCAUUGGUUGGUGGAUUAUCAUCGAUGCCGCAGCUACAGAUCAUUUUGAGCCUGCCUAUCACACACCUGGGGCUAUAGCCUCCUUUGCUCUGUUCAUGUAGGUUUUCAAACAUUUUACAUUUAACCCAUUCGCCCCUGAACCGCCCGUAACCGCCCGUGCGGAUCCAGGUCCUUUCUACCCUUUGUGACGUCAUCAGUUUUAACGGUCAAGGACAACUUUCUUCGCUAACUUGAGUAGAGUGAAGAGAUCUUUCAAACCAUACCAGAAUGAGCACAAUUCAGUCAAGGACACCGGAGAAAGAAGCAAAAAACCACGUGACAUUGACCUGAAAAUCUCCAUGAAAAUCUUGUUCCAUUACCCACCUACCUUUCCUUUCACCUAAUCCUAAGAUCCUAAAAGCUUUCCUAAAAACUCUUGCCACCAAAAUCAAGCCUACUAAAUGCCCAGCAAGAGAAAAAAAAAAUGAGGCAAGAAAAGCGAAAAAAGAAGGGAGGAGAGAAAGCGAAAAGUAUUUUUUCUGAACUUCAAUUUAAACAGGGUUGUCAUUAAGAGCCGGGGGCCAGGGAUUUUCCCCGGCUACUAAGAGAGUGGCCCCCCGGCUACUUUUAUUGGAAAAUAGAACCAAAAGAAAUCCCUAGCCGUUUGAUUCCCUGCCUACUUGUUGUAUUUACCUGGCAACUUGAAAUCUUAGUGACAACCGUGUUAAAGCAUGGGAUGGUUCCUUUUUCAGGGACAUUCUGAGAUAAGAAAUUGUAUCAUUUUGUAAACUUGUCCCCUUAAUUUCACGUUUUCACUAUAUGUAAUAAGCACUCUUUGUUUCUUGUACUUCAUAUACAGCUCCAUUUUGUAUCCAUAACAUGUUUUCCAAACUCAAAUGUUGUGUUGUGUUCUUCAAAAGUUUGUUAAUUUUCUUACUGAUUUGAUCGAAAAGUUAACGCUAAAAGAUUUUUAGAAUACAUUUAAAAAACAUUUUAAAAAAGUGAACGACGUUUCGGCACUACGUUACGCCAUUAUCAAGUUUAAAAGUGAAAAAGUAUAAGGUGUAAAACGAAUAUGUAACAUUUGAAAGAAUACAUAAAAUAUUUGCGGGUCCAGUGGGUAUAAUUCCUAAGGUAAGAAACACAGUAAGAAAAAAAAAUGUACGAUAGUGUCACGUAAAUAGUUUGGCGCGAAUGGAGUGGGCUUACGUGUUAAGAGAAGGCUUGAUGUCCCUUAUGUAUAACAUCUCGUAGACUAAGCAAUCAAACUUGCUGUUACAUUUCCUCAGAACUUUGAAAAGAUGGUCAGUCUUUUAGUUCUGAAAGAAUAAUAAUUUUCGAUGAAUUUUUCCUUGUAGGGUAAAUGCAGUUUCCAAUGCCCAGGUCAGAGGAGAAACCUACACCACGGGGUGUAUAGGACAGACAGGCAAGUUCGGAUUCAAGUAACCCCAAAAGUGACCAAAAGCAAUUUUUCUCCUAACGAUAUGAUUACAUUAUUAGAAGAUAAAAGGGAAAAUGCCUUGAUCUUUUAUCAAAUUCUCUCAACUAAUUCUUUAAGGAAAUGUAUGGAGAACAGUCUCAAGAAUUUGUAUGUUAAGAUUGAGACUUAAAGGGUGAGAGAGACAUUAAAGGGUUAAUUUCUUAUCAGUAAUGAUGGGCUCAGAUGAGUUUUGUUUUAUUUCUUGCAAGAUGGUUGUAUUUAUGUGCAUUAACACAGCCAAUAAUAUUUUAUUCUUAUGAUAAUUCAAGCAAAUAUUUUUUUCCAAACCCAAAUAUUGAAAACGACAAUACUUGCAUGGUAGUUGUCUUAAUCCACCUCUAAAAACUUUAUCUUCUGCAAGUGUAUGAUAAAAAUUUAAAGUUCAACAGACUGCUUUAUAAAAAUGAUAUUGGUCUCCUUACUUACCUAAUAAAACUACAGUGGAACCCCACUCAAUGGACACUUGCUUAAUACGGACACUUGUAUAUAAUGGACAGUAAUGUUUCGUUUGUCUGAAAAUCUCAUUGAAAAUCUCCCUUGGUAUCUUAUUUACUUAUAUUAAUUGAAGCAGGAUUGUGCUAGUAAUGACUGUACCACUAGUAAUUUCCAAAUUAUUAUCUAUUUUGUGACUAAUGUCUUGACAGGUGCCAGGGUGUGGCUGUUGAUGGGAUUUGUCCUGUUAUUUGGUAGCUUAAUUGCAGCCUGUUGGAUUCUGUUUGGUGAAUAUGUUGUUCCAGGUAAUGUCACGAAUCAUGGAUGUUCAUCCCAAUUAAUUAUAUGCAUGGCACAAAAUUAGAAAUAGAAAAUGUUGGUUGUUUACUGUCACAUGGACAAUCUGGCCGGUUCACAGUUUGGCCAAACAGUAAGCAAAAUUCAUGAUAAUUUAGUAAAUUUCAUUCUGAAAUCGCAUUUACCAUUUGUACAGAUCAGUUCCAUUUUAGCGAAAAAGGGCCACGAAAGCCUGAAACUGUUAUCAAAGAUAACUAUGAAGAAAUUAGCCUGCGAAAACAUCCGUUUCUCCUCGCUCUUCGCCGCUGGGGACGUUUCGCACGGAGGAACGUCUGCGACUCAGCGACAGAAAUUCCAUACUGAUGACGUAAAAUCUGUCCAGAAUCCGGUCAGAAGCGCUGAUUGGUCGACGGAGUAGUUACAUUGUUUUAGCUAUUGUUUACGAAUGACAGACAAAAGACAAAAGGCCACAAAGGUCAAAUGUAAACGCGAAGAAUCUCAAGCAAAACAGUCAAUAUUUGUAGAAUAUACUCUUCUCGAGAAGAAGCGUUUGAGUUUUGCUGGAGCUCGUUGGCAGAUGAACACAACACUUUACCAAAAUCGACCAGAAGACACUUAGAAUUGGACAAAUUUGUGUUUGGAACCCCAUGACUACCGGAUUUAUUAUGUAAACAUUGAUUUGCGUCAUCAGUAUGGAAUUUCUGUCGCUGAGUCGCAGACGUUCCUCCGCGCGAAACGUCCCCAGCGGCGAAGAGCGAGGAGAAACGGAUGUUUUCGCAGGCUAUGAAGAAAUAGAACACAAAUUUCCAUUUGGAACAUUCUGACUGAGAAAACAAGACUACCUUUUCAGAAGUUCCUUUGCUCCUGGAAAUUUUCCUCUGGAACGACCCAAAGAGUCAUGUUCCAAAAGUAAAUUUUACUUUCCAACUGGAUUUUCUGAAAACGUUUUGUAAAUGGUAUAUGUAAACAACCACUCGGUCUCAUUCCAUGACUGCAUUUGAAUUUGUGAGCACAGCUCUUCUGAUUAGGUUUGUUAGUUUCUAAGUUUGUCCACAGUAUGUAAAUUUUUUGCUCAAAUUCAGAUGACCAAUUUGUAAAUUACUCAGGCCUGUUACCACUAUAAAUCAGGUGUAGGGUAUUUUUAACCUCAAUUUCCUUCUUGCUAAAAUGGGCAGCUAGAUUGUCCCUGCCUAUGUGGAGGUCUCUCUAAGAUGGACACAUAGUUUCGGCUAGGUCCCAAAGGUGUUUGUCUUAGAGAUAGUUUACUGUGGUUACAAGUAGUUCUUGUUACUAAAAGAUAUGGUUUUAAGGUACAGUAUAUACCACCACCCUGACCACUCCCUUAACACCACUACCUGCAUGUAUGGCAAUCCCAAAUCACAGUCACCUCAGGCUAACAAUAAAUCUUACUGGCCAACAUCAAUUUCUGGUUACAUUUCCCAUUCAUCAUCAACAACUAAAACAACAACAAUCAAGCGAAAACGUUAUGAGAAUGGCAAUGGCAUGUAAUGAAAUGACCACCAAUGGAAAAAGAGGCUUUGAUCUUUUAUAAAAUUCUCUCAACUAGUUGUUCAAAGAAAAUGUAUGGAGAUCAGACUGCAGAAUUGGCAUGUGGAUUUUAAGGGUUUGCACAUGCAGGCAGGCAUACAGCACCCAUUGGAAGUGUGCAUACAAUAGGGCCAUUUAUCAUUAAGAGCCGGGGCUUUCCGGGGAUUUUCCCUCUAAAACUAAGAGAGUGGCCCUUAUUUUAUAACAGCUAACACCUGUUCUUAGAUAAGGAAAAUAGAAGAAAAAAACUUUGCAUAGAACCAAAAUGAAAACGAAGUCAAGAAGAGAAAUAAGAUGCGAACCAUUUAUAUGAGCUUUCUUCCCUUAGAUAAGACAUGUUAUAUUUAUGUUACUGUUCACUUGAAAUUUUAGUGACAACCCUGAUUUUUCCUGUUUUAAUGUUUUCAUGACCAUGUGUGUAGUAGUUAUCAAUACUAUUUUUGUUUUCAGCUAAAGCUGACCCCUGGCCAGGUGUUGCAAUCUUCUUGCAAAAUGCUUUGAUUUUCUUCAGGCAAGUCAUUGUAUUAGAUAAACCUAAGCUCACUCUCAAGGGUAAUUAGUCCCAAGAUAGACCAACAUCAAUUUUCUCCCAAAAAUAAUAAUACAAUUUAAAAGAAAUGGUUAAGAGAAUUACACUGUAAUAAAACAACCAUGAAAGGAAAAUUGCUUUGAUCUUUUAUCAAAUUCUGUCAACUAGUUCUCUAAGGAAAUGUAUGAAAUCAGACGAGGGCAUUUGUUUGUGGAUGUUGGGGUUUUCAGUGUGCAAAGAAAGUCGUGUCCGAUAGCCCGGGGCUAGCGGAUUUUGCCAUCGGGCUAAGUGAUUUUUGUUCUUAACUUGCCCAACGGGUAAGUGCUGUUUUUUGGGGAAAUUCAAAUUACAGAAGGAUUGUUAUCAAUCCUGCCAAUAAAAAAGGGUUUUAGGGCUAGUUGAAAUUACUUGUGGGCUAGUACAGGCUAGCUACGGCUUGCCAGAAUGGCAGGCUGUAAAACUGACUCUCUUUGCACCCUGGUGUUAUAAAGGUUAACAAAAGGAGCCUCAUUUAAUUCUUCAAUAAUGAAAAACAAACUAGUGUACAAGUGAAGGGGUGAAGGUGUUUCAUGUUAGUCCUUAUUUUUGCGCUCUAAUUAUUUUGUUGAUCAAUGUAAAAUGUGUUCUUUUAUUUUCAUCAACAGUGCAAUUGUUUUCAAGUUUGGUCGAACAGAAGAAAGUUGGUAG